AUGGUAACCCUAAUUGUGAAGCACAUAGUGAAGAAAAACGGUGGAACUGCAAUUGACCUGAAGAAUUACAAGCGGGAACAGGGCUCGUGCCCUGCCAAGCAAAUGGAAUGUAGAAGGUCCUGGAUCGUGCUGAGUUCACCUGGACGAAUGCUUUCCUACCAGUCAGAGUACGACGAAGAAGACGAGGAAGAAGCAGAAGACCGACAACGACCAACUGAACCAGAAGAUGGCGAUAAACUGCAUGAGUUAUCGAAGCAUACCUCUUCAACUACAACAACACCAGCGACGGUACUACCGGAUAUACCAAUAGAUGAAAAUAUCCACGUGGAAUCGACUUCUCAUUCCACUGCCGUGCAUGGGCAUCACCAUAGUGAGGAGAUUGAAGCCAGGGUGGAACAGAUACAUCCUCCCGAAUUGCAUCCUAAGACUGAAGAUGAACUUACCAAUAACGAAGAAGAUGGUGAGGAUGAAAGUGAACCAGAGGUGACCACUGAUGAAGUACCAAGCUGUAGUGAUAAUCAAGGUGGUUGUGACCAUGAAUGCCAUGUGGUCCAUGAUGAACGCGAAUCUCGCUCGAAGGCCCAGUGCUCUUGCUAUCAUGGAUUUGUGCUCGAUGAGCACGAUGGUCGGACGUGUCACGACGUCAACGAAUGUUCGCAAAACAACGGUGGCUGCGAGCAGACCUGCACCAACAAACCUGGUUCCUUCGUGUGCAGCUGUCAGCCUGGACUUCAGAUUGACAUCCUCGACGGUCGAAGCUGUAUCGACAUCAACGAGUGCCUGCUGCGGAAUGGUCACGGCCCCUGUCAGGACACGUGCAUCAAUCAGUGGGCCACUUACAAUUGCAGUUGUGAUGGACUUCCCGGGACUCGUCUAUCGGCAGAUGGCCACGGCUGUGAAGAUGCCGGUGAGUGUCCCAAAGCCGGCUGCUCCCAUCAGUGCCUCAGUACUAUGGGCCGAACGUAUUGCCUGUGUCCAAAGGGAUUUGCCCUCGGAGACGAUUGGAAAACGUGUCAAGAUAUCAACAAGUGCGAAGACCCUGCUAUCGCCGAGAACUGCCCUGAUGGAUGCGAAAAUCUACACGGUUCGUAUCGAUGCCAUCAUCUGGAACCCAGUUCCACUGAGGCAACCCACACUCCAGAUGAAAAUGAAGAAGAUGAAGACCAAGAGGAGCAUGAGGAAGACCAAGUUGGUAGACCUACCUCGACAUCCACAACUACAACGGAAAUCCCUGAAAUAAAGAACGGUGAUUUCCUCCCCUCAGGCGAAGAUAACGAUGAUGACGAUGGCGAUGAUGACCAAUUGGAAAACGAGCUAGACUCUCAUUCACCACAAAUACCGGAAAUCGAUCGAUCAAAGAUUGAUGAAUACGACGACGCCGACGCCGAUGUCGAUGGUGAUGAUGACGAAGAGCAGCCGGACAGUAAUAGGCGACAAAAUGAAGUGGAAAUUCAUCAUCCCCAUCGGCACCAUCACGGGGAGGAAACACUGCCGGAGGAAAGUGAAACCGAACAGCCAGAAGUGGAAGAGCCCCUUAUGACUCAAGUUUCCACAUCGACGACGACGACCACGGAAUCCUCCUCACCAAGUGGUGGAGAGGAUGAAGACAACGGCGACGACGAUGACGACGCUGACGACGAUGCUGAUGACUAUCUAGAACCAAAUACAGCGACACCUGUCAUACCGACGACGACUAGCACUGCUCCGAGCACGACGACAACGGUUCCUCGCCAUUGCAGGGAAGGACUCAGAUUAAGUUCUCUGGGGGAAUGCGAAGAUAUUGACGAGUGCGUAGAGCUGGAGCACGGUUGCGACCACUGUCGGAAUGCCUACGGUGGGUACGAGUGCACCUGUCCGGCAGGUUACGAGCUGGCUGACGAUGACAGGACCUGUCAAGAUAUAAACGAGUGCGAGGCCUACAGCCACGCAGAAGAUGACUACGACGAUGAGGAACAGGAAGAUGGGCGCCGCAACUCGCUGGAUAUUUGUUCACACGAAUGUGUUAACACAGUCGGAUCGUUUGAGUGUAGAUGCCCGGAUAACUUUCAUCUGAAUCAUGACCGAAGGACGUGCGUGAGAGAUUUCUGUGCAGACUUGUACGAGAAUCCAAACAAGACCCGGUGCUCUCAUGAGUGUAAAGAUGGAACGGAAGGUUUUGUGUGCAGCUGUCCGGAGUUCUACAUUUUGGAUGAGUACGAUCGGAAGGCUUGCAAGAAUGUAUACAGCUGUGGUGAGGAACACAAGAAGCGCUGCAAUCCAGGGGUGUGUAGAAUGAUUGAGGGUGGUGACUACAGAUGUGAAUGCCCUUCGGGGUAUCAACAGCAUGAUCAUAGUUGUCAUGAUACCGAUGAGUGUGAACAGGGUAGACAUCUUUGCUCCCACAACUGCCAUAAUAUAGCGGGAGGGUACGAGUGUAGUUGUCCAAAGGGGCUACAGUUAUCCACGGACAGCAAAACCUGCGAUGACAUUGAUGAAUGCGAAGAACAAGAUGAUGAAGACCUUUGUGGUGAUCUUAAUUGCUUGAAUACGUACGGAAGUUACAGAUGUGUAUGUCCGGAGGGAAAAGAGCUGGAUGAAUACGGCAUCUGUAGACAGAUGGACUUGUGUACCACGGAUAAUGGAGGUUGCUCGCAUAUCUGUACAUUUUUCAAUAGAGAAACGUUCUGCGACUGUCCAGACAAUAUGGAGCUCGCAGAAGAUGGGAAGACUUGCGAGGCGAUCAACGACUGCAACCUUAACAAUGGAGGCUGUUCGCACAUCUGUGAUCCUAGUGCAGAAUCCCUCUGUGGAUGUCUGCAAGGAUAUGCACUAGGUCAUGAUGGUCGUACAUGUCAAGAUAUCAAUGAAUGUCGUGAAAACAACGGAGGCUGCCACCAGAAUUGUGUGAACUUUGAAGGUGGAUACAAGUGCAGCUGCUUUGAAGGGUUUGAACCUACGUUGGAUGAUGAUAGCUUAUGCCAGGACAUCGAUGAAUGCUUUACGAACCAAGAUGGUUGUGAUCACUCUUGUCACAAUACGGAAGGCUCCUACCGUUGUUCCUGUCACAAUGGGUAUCGCUUGGCCGAUAACGGCCACUCAUGUCACGAUAUUAACGAGUGCGAAGAACAUAACGGAAAAUGUUCGCACAUCUGUAUUAACCUACUGGGAGGUCAUCAAUGCUCGUGUCCUAAAGGACUUUACCUCAUGGAAGACGAACACACGUGUGACUUUGUGGAUGAGUGCGAGUUGAACAAUGGUGGAUGCUCUCACGGUUGUCACUACGAGCAUGGUGUCGUUAGCUGUACGUGUCCGAAAGGGUUCGAAUUGGAGCGUAGUAGCUUUAAGACUUGCGUCGACGUUAAUGAGUGCGAUCAUAGGAAUGGUGGAUGCUCGGACACCUGUACUAAUCUGCCGGGAAGCUACUACUGUUCGUGUCCGGAAGGAUUGGAGCUGGGUCGCAAUCGCCACACAUGCGAGGACAUAGACGAAUGCAUCGAAAACAACGGAAACUGUACGAACAUUUGUAUCAACCUACUUGGAGACUAUCGAUGUGCAUGCGAAGCAGGGUUCGAACUGGAAGAGGAUGAGCAGACUUGCCGUGAUGUGGACGAGUGCGCAACGAAGAUCCAUGACUGUUCGCACUUUUGCGUGAACGUUCCGGGGACGUUCGAAUGUGAAUGUCCCUCUGGUUUCAUUCUGGGACGGGACAAGUUUACCUGCGAGGACAUCAACGAAUGCGAGACUUUUUCGAAUAAGGGAGGUUGCGAACAUCACUGCAUAAACAUACCGGGGUCGUACCGAUGCGGCUGUGAAGAUGGCCAUCGUUUGGAGUUGGACAACCGGACAUGUUCGGAUAUUGACGAAUGCUCGGAUGAGUUUAGAAAGUGUUCCCAUGAUUGCGUCAAUACCAAGGGUGGUUUUGAAUGCUCUUGUCCGUCGGGGUUGAGGUUGCACGUUGAUAAGGCAACUUGUCUGGAUAUCGACGAGUGUAAGAUAAACAACUUCAACGGAGGAUGCUCGCACAUAUGUGAAAACCAACAUGGAAGCUUCACGUGCAGAUGCCCAGAUGGGAUGAUCUUGGGAGACGAUCUGGCAACUUGCGAAGAUGUUGACGAGUGUUCAACCUUGAAUGGAGGCUGCAGUCAGCGAUGCGUCAAUCAACGUGGAGGUUUCAGAUGUGAGUGUGAAUCAGGAUUUGCGUUGAUGAGUGACAACAAGACCUGUGAAGUCAGUAAUCCAUGUGCUCUACGGAACGGAGGUUGUCUACACUUUUGUAAUUUACGGGAAGGACUUCCCGUGUGCUCCUGUCGGGAAGGGUUUGUUCUGAACAAAACGAACAAGGUAAGCUGCAUGGAUUUCGACGAAUGCCGAUCGCCAGCCGAUAACAAUUGUCAGCAAAAAUGCGUCAAUAUGGAGGGUUCGUAUGCUUGUGAUUGUUAUGCCGGGUACGAGAAGAAUGCUCUGGGACAAUGCAUAGAUAUCAACGAAUGUCUCGAGGAGAAUGGAGGCUGUGGAGGCAAGGCAAAGUGUAUUAACCUAGCUGGCAGUUUUCGUUGCGUGUGUCCUCCGGGUUCCAAAAUGGGUAAGGACCGUAGGACAUGCUUCGAAAUCAAGGAUCGUUGUAAGCCCCUGACAGCUCCAAAGAAUGGUGAAGUACGGUGUUCUAGGUCUCGGCAUAAGACACAGCUAUUCUACCGAACAAAGUGUUCGAUUUCGUGCAACAAAGGAUACAAAUUGCUGGGACCGGGUACGAAGCACUGCAACGGGACGGGACAGUGGGACGAAGGUGAAUCGCUGUGUGUUCCUCAAUCCUGUCCACGGCUUCAGCGUCCAGAGCAUGGAACUAUCCUACCGGUAGCAUGCAUGACAGGUAAGACCUUUGCCGGUGAACGUUGCGUGCUGCACUGCAAGUCCGGUUUCAAACCGGUCGGUAAACGAACGGCAGUUUGUGAUACUGAACAGAAGUGGAGUCCCACUCCGAAUCUACGUUGUGCUCCUAUGGCAACGGCAGCCCCAGCCCCAAUCAAACCGCAGAUUCAGUGUCCUCCUGACGUUCAUGAGGUUCUCCCCGUUGGACAUUAUACCAUGAAGAUUCAAUUGGAACAGCCGAAAACUAACGUAGAGUGGUACCAGUUUGUGGAUGCUCAUCCGGCUUGGGGUAAGCAGCUGGAGGCAGAGCUUCCAGCAGGGGAGACUUCGAUGACGUUCCGUGCGAGGAGUCCAAACUCACCGAUGAGUGAUGUCUGUCAGGUUUUAAUUAAGAUACGAGAACGGAGACCACCGCAGGUCGUUAACUGUCCAGACUCCUUCAACGUUCAACUGGAGAAUCACGAGACAUCCCGGUCCGUGUACUGGGUGGAGCCCAACUUUGACACUGAAUCCGAAAUCAAACAGCUGUAUAAAUCCCACUCUCCAGGUCAGAUGUUGAUAGCUGGCGUACACUACGUCAAUUACGUUGCGACGGAUGCUGAUGGACUGAGUGCGAAGUGCAGCUUUGGAAUUACCGUUAAAGCUCCACCUGAACCAUACGAGCCACGACGACCUGUCCAUCAUCGACCGCUGGAGACGAACCGCCUCGAGAACCACGAAUCGUACCUGAUCUGUCCGGGCAAGUCCCCCAUUCUGGUAGACUUGAACAGCCCCCUACACAUUCCGCAAGGUUGCGUGGUGAAAAAUAUCCGAAUCAAGCAGAAACUUGCUCGACUGCGUCACCAGCAGCAGGUUCUGCAGAGACACCUGCAGGAACUCGAGGAGGCCCCCAAUCCGGAUCCUUCGGCUAUCGAGCAGCACCACAAGCGCUAUAAUAACCUCCUCCGGUACUAUUCCUCAUGGGACAACGCAAACAGCCAACUACAGGAGCAGCAUCACCAGGAAGAGAACUCGAACUAUCACUCAGCACAAACGACGCCACAUCCUCGAAGAUGGAUCAAGAAGCGUAGCAAGGACAUCAAUGACAAAGAAGAUGCAGAGCUGCAUGAUGCAGAUGCUGACAACCACUCCAGAUAAAACUGCUGCCGCUGCUUGCACACUACAGUAUAGUGGCAAACCUUGAACCUCUCGAACUUUCAAUAUCUCAUCCGAUAUCUACCUCCAGCCAGCCGGCAGCCACAUUUUUGCUGACUAACAACACGUGCGCUAGCAUGCCGGAUAGCGAGGAAUGCAAGCGAAUAUGUAUGUGCUUAAAUACUUGACAUUUUUCAUAAUACCUUCUUUUAUAGUGCUUUUUUCCCUCGUAAUCGAAACGAAUCGGUGCUGUGCUUGGGAAGAGUGUGGAGGUGUAAAACCUUGAAUCGAAGAAGCUUUGUUUAGGGAUCAACGAGAAACUAUCUCUCUCUCUCUCUUGACCAGCUCCUGUACUGGCACUGAUAACGAUAGAUAGCAGGAGGAAGAGAAAUAAAAUAUUCGAAUAAAGGAGUCCGGGUUAUAAAUCAGAAAAAAAAGAACAGCAGUAAGCAGGAAAAAGAUGAAUACUGGAAGACGAGCAAUAACAAUAAAGAAAAACGAAGUCGAGA